CCGGGUGAGCGCGCGUUUCCACCCGGGAGUGGAGGCAGGGCCACAGCUGCGGCAGGCCGGCGUCUUCGCACUGAGCUUCAGGCUCGCUGAGACGCUUCCCCGCGCGAAAACAUGAGUGACUCCGCGGGAGAGCGCCCCCGGCUCCGGUGCUACCCGGAGCUCCCCGUUUGGGUGGUGGAGGAUCAUCAGGAGGUUCUGCCUUUUAUAUACCGGGCCAUUGGCUCAAAGCAUCUUCCUGCAAGUAACAUAAGUUUUGUGCAUUUUGAUUCACAUCCAGACCUCCUUAUUCCUGUGAAUAUGCCAGCUGACACUGUAUUUGAUAAGGAAACGCUUUUUGGAGAAUUAAGUAUUGAAAAUUGGAUUAUGCCUGCAGUUUAUGCUGGCCAUUUUUCUCACGUAAUAUGGCUUCAUCCCACAUGGGCUGAGCAAAUCAGAGAGGGCAAACAUCACUUUUUGGUCGGCAAAGACACUUCUACAACAACAAUCAGGGUUACAAGUACAGAUCAUUACUUCCUAAGCGAUGGUCUUUAUGUAACUGAAGACCAGCUAGAGAACCCAAAACCUUUACAAUUGGAUGUGAUUAUGGUAAAACCUUAUAAACUCUGUAACAAUCAAGAAGAAAAAGAUACAGUGUCCUCUGCUAAGAAGCCAAAGCUAGCACUGGAGGAUGGAGAAAACCCUGCCUCUACUAAUGGUAAAUCUUAUUCAGAAGGACUGGAAAAGGACGUGGUGACCCAGAAAAGGGACCAGACCUGUCUACAACCAUCAUGUUCAUGUUCUGAAAGCCAGGAAUGCCAGACUACAGUGAGCACUGGAGAAAUUCUGAAAAUUUUGGAGAACAGGGAUGCAUUUAUUUUAGAUAUUGACUUAGAUUUUUUUUCAGUCAAAAACCCCUUCAAAGAAAUGUUCACUCAGGAAGAGUACAAAAUAUUGCAAGAGCUGUACCAAUUUAAAAAGCCUGGUACCAACCUGACAGAGGAAGAUCUGGUAGAUUGUGUUGAUACUCGAAUUCAUCAAUGAGAUUUAGAAGCUGCUUUUGCUGAUUUGUGUGAUGGUGAUGAUGAAGAGACUGUACAGAAAUGGGCUUCAAAUCCUGGAAUGGAAUCAUUAGUUCCACUUGUACAGAGUUUGAAAAAACGGAUGGAAGCACCAGACUAUGAAAUGGUUCACCAGGCUGGUCUAACCUGUGAUUAUUCAGAACUUCCUCACCAUAUCAGCACAGAAAAAGAAAUUGAAUAUCUUAUUCAGUCUGUAUAUUAUGUUCUAAAAAAUUUACCAAAACCUACUCUUGUGACAAUUGCAAGGUCAAGUCUGGAUGAUUACUGUCCUUCUGAGCAAGUUGACACCAUUCAAGAAAAAGUCCUCAGUGUGCUGCGCUCCCUCUAUGGGACUCUAGACAUUCACCUGGAGUACUCAGCAGAGUCCGCUCCAUCUUGAAACAGCACAUCUCUAGGCUCCUGUUACAUCUUCAUGUAGUAACAGGGUUUUCAUUGCAAACAAGUCUUCCAGAGAAAAUUUUGUUUUUAUGUUAAUGUUUAGUUAAAAUCUUUCAGGUAUUUUGAAUCUCCAAACAUGUCACCGCUUGUUGAAUGAUGACAAUUUUCCUGACAUCAAGUCUACCCCAGUUGAUGGAACUGUUGCUCAUGUUUAUUCCAUUCCAUUACUGUUAUCUUUUGUGAGGGUUUCUUCCAUCUUUUCUCUUCUUCCCUCGAAGUUGGUUGGACUGUAUGAGAUUCAUUCAUUUAUUCAUUAACUCUGCUGACAUUUACUGAACACAUACAUGUGCCAGACAUGAUUAAGUGCUGGGUAUAUGGUAACAAGCAGAAUAGGCAAGCCCUCUGCCCUCUUGGUGGACUGCUGAGAAGUGUUAUGAAGGAAAGGAGAACCACAAAUAUGUCUGAGGCGUGCUCUUAGUACUCAGGGUACCCUGGCCUUACGGGAAAGUAGCAUUCUCAAAAGCUACUACCAGAAAAGGAAACAAUAAACUUGCUAACCCAUGAGAAUGUUGCAGGAGGUCUACCUUUCCAAGACUUUUGGGAUUGUGGCCAGCUCUUAUGGAAUGCUCUCAGCAUUGUUGGUAUCGAGGAGGUCUUUUAUUCAAUAGAUUCAACCAAACAAAAUGCAACUUUUUUUUUUUUUUUUUUUUUUUUGCUAUUCAAAAAUGCCCUUCAGGGUUUUUUGUGCCUCCAGAUAGUCAGUAUGGGUAUGAAUUACAAUUAUAAUUCCUAAGUGGCACUUAAUUGGCAGUCUGGAUUGAUAAUUUUUUCAAAUAAAACAGCUUUUUAUGUAAA